AACUCUACCCGUGGAAUAUCUCGGUGGGAAGCCUCUCUGCAUGAACCAGUAUUACCAGAUCCUCUCGUCUUGCCGCAUCCCGGGUCCGAAACGCGACUCGGUGGUGAACUAUGCCAAGGGGAAGAAAUCUCCCACCCACAUCACCGUGGUUCACAAUUUUCAGUUCUUUCAGCUGGAUGUUUACAGCAGCAACGGGAGCCCCCUGACUACCGACCAGAUUUUCAUUCAGCUGGAAAAGAUUUGGAAUACGUCCCUUCAAACCAACAAGGAGCCCAUCGGGAUUUUGACAAGCAACCAUCGCAACAGUUGGGCCAAAGCCUACAACAACCUCAUCAAAGACAAGACCAACAAGGAAUCCGUGCGCACGAUUGAAAAGAGCAUUUUCACCGUCUGCUUGGAUGCUCCGAUUCCCCGGGUCUCAGAUGACGUUUAUAAGAGCCGGGUGGCUGCCCAGAUGCUGCACGGAGGAGGAAGUCGGUGGAAUAGUGGGAACCGCUGGUUCGACAAAACGCUCCAGUUCAUCGUGGCGGAAGAUGGAUCCUGCGGGUUGGUGUAUGAGCAUGCGCCAUCCGAGGGCCCCCCCAUCGUGGCUCUGCUGGAUCACAUUGUGGAGUACACAAAGAAGCCGGAGCUUGUAAGAUCUCCCAUGGUCCCGUUACCGAUGCCAAAGAAACUACGGUUUAAUAUCACUCCAGAAAUCAAGAACGAUAUUGAAGAUGCCAAGCAGAAUCUCAACAUCAUGGUGCAGGAUCUGGAUAUCAAGGUGAUCGUGUUCCAUCAAUUUGGGAAAAAUUUCCCCAAGUCGGAAAAGAUCAGUCCAGAUGCUUUUAUUCAAGUCGCUUUGCAGUUGGCUUACUACAGGAUGUACGGAGAGCUUUGCUCCACUUACGAGAGCGCCUCGCUUCGGAUGUUCCGUCUCGGUCGGACAGACACCAUCCGCUCAGCCUCCGUGGAUGUGCUGAAGUUUGUACAGUCCAUGAGUGCUGACAACAUCCAGGAUCAAGAGAAGGCAGAAUUGUUGAGGCGAGCCACCCAGGCGCACCGAAGCUAUACUGACAUGGCCAUUAGAGGAAAUGCAAUCGAUCGUCACCUUUUGGGCCUGAAGCUCCAAGCAAUUGAGGAUCUAGUAAGCAUUCCCGAACUCUUCAUGGACACCGCUUACGCCGUGGCCAUGCACUUCAACCUCUCCACCAGCCAGGUGCCCGCCAAGACAGACUGUGUGAUGUGUUUUGGCCCGGUGGUGCCGGAUGGUUACGGCGUUUGCUACAACCCCAUGGCGGAGCACAUCAAUUUUGCCAUCUCGGCCUUCAACAGCUGCAGCGAAACCAACGCAGCCCGGAUGUCCCAUUACAUGGAGCAAGCAUUGCUGGACAUGCGGCUCCUGCUCCAGUCCAAUCCCAAGUCCAAGCUUUAAGAGGGGAAGCAGGGGAAGAGGCGAACGACCGGUUCGAAUGACUGGCCUUCUGGGUGGGUUUCAUCCACGCCCUGGACUCCCCACCCCUCCCUCCGAAGGAUGGAAGACUUUUUCCUGGUUGCGUUUGGGUUUGCGGGAUGGAAAUGAACUCCCAUCACUCAACAGGGGAGAUACCCUGCUCACCUUUCCUGUGUUCGUAUGACUCUGUGCCUUAAGAGAGGUUUCGCGGGGGAGAAUGGGGAGGGGGAGCUUGUGAAUCAACGGGAAUCCGUGGACCUUCCUUGGUUGGAUGCUGGGUUGAAAGGGAAGGUCUUGGCUCAAAGCCUCCUGAGAAGUUUGGCCUGGGAUUUUGCACAAUGUUUGUUCUCCGUGGGAAUAUAACAAGUCCGUUUCACAGCAUCCGUUACUAUGAUGGUUUUCAUGGUAGAGCCAUUUUCUGGUUUGAUGCUAAAGAUUGCUUCCUUUUCUUCCUCUCCUUCUCCAUCAUAUCAUUUUUUUUGUCCUCAUUCUCAUCUUCUUGUCCUCUUUCCCCUUCUCCAUCAUCAUUCCUCUUCUUCCUUCUCCAUCAUCCUUACUCCU